AUGUCGCAUGUGUGCCAUGCUCUCGCUAACGUGCUGUGGAAGCGCAGGAAUGCCUGCGUGGUCGUCACCGACGAGGCGGAGCGCCUGUCAGGAUACCAGCUGUUUGCCCGGACAGUCGCCUUGGGCGAGGCCCUCCGACAGAGUGGGCUAUUACCGGGGCAACGCGUGGCGUGCCUCGCCCUCACGUCGCAUCGCGUGGUGGAGCUCUGGCUGGCCUGUUGCGCCGUCGGUGCGAUCUUCGUGCCUCUGAACUGGCGCUGGUCCGACUCAGAGAUCACUCAUGCCUUGCGCGUGGCCGCCCCCGCGGUACUUGCGUGCGACGAACAUUUCAUCGCAGCGGGACGGCGCGCUGCAGCAGCCUGUGCGCGCCUCAAUGGCGGGCGGGAACCGCUGUACUGGUUCCUCGGGGGCCACUUGCCUGUGCAAGUUGACGCAACAAACGCUCACUCGCAUGGAUGCACUACGACGGAGGAGGCGAUCGAGGAACACCUUGGCAGCGUCCCGGGCGCAGACGGGGCUCAGUGGUUACGCGAUCUUCCCGCGGAGGAGCACAGCCGCGGCGCCCUGCCCCUGGAGCUGCAAUGUGCCCCGGGGGGAGUUUCCCUGUUGUGCCUCACGUCUGGCACCACAGGGGCAUCAAAGGCGGCAGCUCUGACGCACAAGGGCAUCGUGUUCCAGAGCGCGUGCAAGCUGAAUCUCGUGGGAUAUAGCAGUGACGACGUUUACCUUCACGCCGCGCCCCUGUUCCACAUCGGCGGUCUCUCGUCGGCCCACGCCAUGCUCAGUGCCGGCGGCUGCCAAGUCUUCCUCCCAAGGUUCCAAGCGAAGGACUUCCUGCACGCAAUCGACGCGCACAGGGUUUCGGCGUUCAUCGCCGUGCCCACCAUGCUGUCUGACCUGGUGGCCGCAGCGGGCGGGCGUCGGUACGCUCACGUCACCCGGAUUCUGGUCGGCGCCGGUGGCAUGACGCAAAGACAGCUCAUCGCCACACGCGAUCUCUUUCCGCGCGCAACGCUCUACACAGCGUACGGGAUGACGGAAUGUUGCUCCUCCAUUACGUUUGGCAUUGCGGACCCCGCAGUUGAACAUUCAAGCAGAGACGUUGGUGUGCCGCCCGCGGGAAUUGAAGUGAGGGUCUCGGCGCCGGACGGGGGUUGCACGGCGGCCUUGCCGCAUGGACAAGAGGGCGAGGUCCUCGUGCGUGGCCCGACGGUCAUGGCGGGAUAUUUCCGAGCACGGGAUGCGGGUGCGAGCAUUGACAACAGUGCAGUGAGCACGGACGGGUGGUUCCGGACCGGCGACGCCGGCGUGAUCGACCGUGAAGGGGUGCUGAAGAUAGUUGGGCGGCUGAAAGACGUGAUUCGCAGCGGCGGGGAGAACGUGUUUGCCGGGGAGGUGGAGGAAGUGGUUUCGAUGAUGGCAGGCGUGGCCGACGUGGCGGCGCUGGGGCUGCCAGACAACCGCCUCGGGGAGCGUGUCACGGUGGUGGUGGUGCCUGCGCCGGACGCGGGGGCUCUGUGGCGCGCUGCCGGGGAGGGGUCUGGUGAAACCAAGGAAGAUGCUGUUCACGCAGUAGCACAGUGGUGCCGCGAGAGGGGGCUCGCGGGGUUCAAGGCUCCACGUACGGUCAUCGUGCGCGCAGAGCCCAUCCCCAGAAACUCCAUGGGCAAGAUCGACAGAGCGCGUCUGCGCAAGGACGCGAUGGCGACCCUCGCUGCCUCAAGCUUCGCCAAGGCCGCACUGUGA